AUGUCAUAUUCACAAAACCGUUUUAAUGCUCUUCUAAACGAAGAAGAAACUGAAAUUGAUAAGCUUGGUAAUACUAAGCCUGUUCAAAAGAAGGACAAUGAUAAACUACCUACUAGACGUGAAAUGCGUCGUAGUAGUCAACGUGGACAAGUUGCUGUUUCUCCACCUUCAAGACGUGAUCGUGGUAGUCGUAGAGAGGCUACUGAAGGUGAUGCAUCUACCUCUAAUUAUAACCAUGAAAACCCUGCUCGAUCAGACAAAUCUGGUGGCCGCUUUGAAUAUGCAGGUCGUGGACGUCAGUUUGAUCGCCACAGUGGUACUGGUAUCUAUGAUAAUGAAAAGAAGAUUAACAGAGGUUGGGGUGAAGCUGGUACUGCUGAAUUCCAAGGCGCUCAUGACGUAUUAGAUCCUAAUGACCCAGAUGCCGCUGAAACUGGUACUCCUCGUGCGGAGACACCUCAAGAUAAUACAAAAACUUUGGAUGAAUACCUUCAAGAAAAAAAGAAUACUCAAAACUUCCGUCUUGAACAAGGUCGUAAGCCUAAUGAAGGUGUUGAUGAUAGUGAGUGGAAAGAUGCUGUAGUUCUUGAAAAGGAAGAAGGUGCAUACUUUGUUGGCAAGGAAACUGAAACUAAAUUAAAAAGCAAGAAUAAGAAGGAAAAGGUUUAUUUAGAAAUUAAUCAACCUUCUCAUCGUCCUUCCCGUGGUGGUCAACGCCAAGGUCGCGGAGGACGUAAUAAUCAACGUAAUAACCGCAGCACAGAAGGUACCCUCAAUUUAUCAGAUUCUACUGCUUUCCCUACUUUGGGUGCAUAA